AUGGUCAUAUAUUUAUAGCCUGAUAAGAGUUGUGAGACAUAAGCUAGAAUCUUGAGAGUUGAGACACAGACCAAUCCAAGCAAAGAGAUGUGCUUCUAUGUAAGUAAUAUUAAGUCAAUGGGUCGAAUUUCAAACGAAAAUCUUUUCUUGUCCUCAAAUGAUAGAUGACAAGAGUUAGGUUCAACUUAAAUGUUGAUUCGGUUCUUUUCUUGUCCUCAAGGAGCAAAAACGAACUUUGUUCCACCAUUAUAGAUAACUGAGCUAACCAUAAAAAAAACAUGUGACUGAUAUUAAAAGAAGAAGAAAAAACAUUAAUAAACAUGUGACUAACAAUGAGAUCCAUAAAUCUCUCGGUUAAUUAUCUACUUAUCAUCACGUUUUUUAAAGUUUACACCUGGAUUUCAGCAAUCUAGUGGCGUAUAUUUCUUAACUGUGGUAGCCUCAAAUAAAAAAUUCCUAACUAAAAUUAACUAAUUACACAAAGAUAAAUAAAUAAUCUCACGUGGCCUAAUACAUCCACUUAGAAUACGCGCCAGAAUACACGUGGGACAAGAGAAGAACGUUAUAAAAGCCACUCUUCCUUCACACUUCAACAUCUCUCACACAACACACACUAAUACGAAUGUCAGUUUGUUUUACUUUCAAUAAAUUUUUGGUUAUGAUUCAUUUGUUUGUUUAAACAAAAACAUCACUUCUUCAAAUUUAUCCCGUAUUUAAUAUUAAAUGAACUCAACGUUCAACGACCACCAUCACCUAAAGAGAGAGCCUAAUGACAACUCCGGCGUCGGAAUCAUAUAUCCUCCGUCACCUUCUCCGCUGCUAAAACUAAACAAAGACUCCCACGUCAUCAAAAAGCCACCCUCGCCGUCGUCUUCCUCCUCUACCGCCGCGAAGCCUCGCCAGCCGGUGAUCAUCUACACGAACACGCCCAAAGUUAUACACACCAAUCCUAAAGAUUUCAUGGCUCUCGUCCAAAAACUCACCGGAAUGUCUCACUCCGAGGAAGAUUCCGGCGGUAGCAGCAGCGCGGUAACGGAUCGUGGAGGAAAAUCAAUCAACCGGAGUGUCUCUGAUCUCACCGUUGAUAGAAAAGUUAACCGGACUCGCUGCGGUGGAGGCGGCGGUGGUGGUGGCGGUGGUGGUGGUGGACAUAACAGCUACAACAGAACCUAUUCAGGUCCGGGAGGAGCUAACGGGAAAGGGAUUUUCUUCAGCAAUACUACUAUCUGCGAAGAUAGUGAAUCGUCCUCUGUGAUCACAACCGAUGAGAACAUGGGAGGAGGAGGAGAGCAUGGACAUGUUAACUCGUCGCUACCGUAUUCAGCGGUGGCUGUUUCUCCAUUUCCUCAUCCUCCGCCACCACCUCCACCGCCUCCUCAGUCCAUGUACGAUGGGACCAAUGGGAUUAACUACAGCUCUUACUUCUCGACGCUUUUGCCGGUGAAUCCAGCUGAUAAUUUUCUUUGCGGGAAUCAAAACUUUGCUAAUUUUGAUGAUCCGCUUUACUUCAUGCCUAAUAUGAGGAGCUCUUUCUCUUCUUCUUCCUCUUCUGGGUUUGAUGGCUUAACUGAGUUUAGAGAUUUUUGACAUUGUUUUCAUCAACAAAAACAAAAAAAAUACAUUUUUGAUUAUUUUUUUUAUUUUUUUCCUAUUUCAGGAAAAUAAAUUUUGUUCAAUUUUUAUUUUAUUGGAGGUUUUGAGAAUGAACUAAUAAAUUUUGGCAUUAGUUGUGAUCCCCUUUACGUUUAUUUUAGUCGAAAUAAUGCUUUAUGUGAUCACUAGGGGUUAGCCCGCCCUACGGGCGGGUGAGUUAUAAUAAAAUUAUUUUAUAUUAAAAUAUAUUUUAAUUUUAUAAAACAUUUGAAAAUUAUUUUAAAUUUAAUUUUAAUAAAUUAAAAAUGAGGUUUUUACUAUAGAUUAGUUUGUGAUGUUUUUUUUCUUGUUGCUAUUUUGCUAUGAUGACUUAAUCUAUUUUAUUUUAAUAGUAUUGUCCUAUGGUUUUUGAUUUAUUGUUAUGUGCAUGUGAAUUUUUCCGAUGGUAGAUGCUAAAUUGUUUAAUAUUAUGGAUUAUACUUGCAUGUUGAUUAUUAUUGUCAUGCAAAUCAGUAAGUGGAUGUCGGUAAUAUGUUAAAAGAAAUUGAAUCCCUUAAAAAAAUCAUUAUUUUAAAAUGGAGAGAGUGAAGCUACUAUUUACCCAAUAAAAACAUAUAAUCUGUAAAUUUUAAUAGAACACAAUUUCUCAUUCAUCUGUAAUAGUAAUAUAAAUAGGGUCGGGUUGGAGCUCAUUGUUUUAAAACAUUUGAAUGAAAUCCAACAUAUAAAGGGCUCCCAAUUGUUUUUUAAAAAUAUUUCUAUAUAUUAAUCCAUAUAUAAAAUACAUAAAAAGGUUUUUUAUAAGGUAAACAAAUUUUUGAUAAAAUGAAAUAGAGAUUUUUUUUUUAUUAUUCAUUUAGAUAAUUAUUUUUGUAUAAUUUUCAUAUAGCUUAGAAUAUUAUAAUAAACUUUUUUAAAAAAAAUUGGAAUGCGACAUCGUUUACUCAGGUUCGGUUUUGAAUUGUCGAUUUCACUGUUUUCAGUGUUCCAAAGUAAACACGGACGUUGUUCGACACAUAUAUCAUGGAAGGAUGUUUUGAUGUGUUAUUCUAGCUAUUGUAUCGGACCUUGGUAUGUUUUAAUUAUUGUUGCUUUGCAAUUGCCGCUAUUCUAGUUUGUCUACUUUCAUAACAUCAAAAUGCCAUCGACGUAAAAGGCAUUUAGAUAUGAAUCUUUAGAAACCAAGUGAAGAGACGAAAUCAGUGUUGUUUGAUGGAAAUAUUCUUGUAUGUUUUUGACAUUGUAAGUUUAUGUGUUACCGGCGUUAAGGAAUCUAAUCACUAUUAGAUCCAUGUAUCUGGUUAGUGAGUUGAGAGGAUGAUCCGAAAAACUGAGAAUUUUCAUAUUUUUUGUAGACCAGAUUGUCUUAAGCGGCCUUAGCUAACACAAAUCGAAUGAUAUUUUGGAUGGUGGCCCCUGAUGUUUAACAUGCUCGUGAAAUGAUUUUAGUAUGAAUAUCUUGUAGCUUUUAAGACUUAAGAGGGGAUAUUUUUCGAGUCAUUUUUUGUAUUGUUUUUCAAGUGAUGUGAUUGUGGUUACUGAUGGAUGGAUGGGUUGGAUCUUUAAACAUUGCAGAGUAUAGUAGUAUCAUUUAGGCGAUUGUUGUUCCGAUUGUUGUUAUCAUUGUUCUUUUUUUUCUUGUCCAUUCCAUUCACUCUUCACCACCAAGUCUAAGAGUAGUAGCGUCUUGUAUGGUGUAUACAAAAAUCAGAGCAUUCUUUUUUUUCUCUUAAUUUGAUUCUUCCUCUGGCUUACUUGCUAAUCUCCCACAGCCUUGUAGUAUCUUACCAUGAUAAUUCUUUUCUCUAUUAAAAAACUAUAAACAACACAAAGAUCAAUUAAAAGAUCAACUUCAGAGAGAUUAAGAGCUCUAGAAGGAGAAGACUAUUGAUAGUUGUUCAGCUUCAUUAGUAGCAAGUGUGUCCUUCAUUUAUGUCGCUUAUAUUGAUACGUCCCAUGUAAUCUGCAGCAUCAGGGACCAUCAUACUGAAGAGGUCGUGGGUUUCUGCACAUGAAUAACAAAGUGGCGAAUGUGCACCUGAAGAGGUCGUGGGUUUCUAUGUGUUCUGUCUCAAAGCCUGUUACAAACUAUUUAAACAUUACUAACAACUGAGAAGGAUAAAAAGCAACAUUAUUAAGCAUGCAUCUUUUUGAUGUUUUUGUAAACAAAACAGAAACUGCUUACUCGGAUGAAUUGUACGUCUGCCAAUUUUAGUAGGUACAGCACCAGAUUUCCACUUGUUUACAUGACUUUUAGAGUUGGUCAUUGUUUCCAUGUCACCAUUUAAACCUGCAGCGAGGAUGUGGAAUUAGUGUUGUGGUCAGAGUGGCAGUGACUUACAUAUGCAUAAUAACAAUUGAAUUUCAGUGUGAGAGAUCCGCAAGCUUGGUAACCAAGGAAGUGACAUAUAGCAUUGAAUUUAUUGCCCUUGCACGUGCCUUCUUUCUCUUAAGUUUCAAAGAUUUCAUUUAUUAGGCAAGAGUGUUUGUAGAUUAUGCAAACAAUCUUGAGUAUUCGGAUAUCAGUAUUGGAAAUGAACAUAAAUCAUUUAGAAAACAUGGAGACUUACCAAGCGCUUGUUCAUUUCAGUAAGUAAUAUAGAUCAAAAGCUUUCCCGUCUGAAUCUGGAGAAGGAAGGAAAAAAACAUCUAAGAUUCCAAAUUUCUUUUUGCAACAUAUUAUCUCCAACAUUUAUUUGUUUCUUCUUCUUAUUCUUUUUCUUACCUGGGAUAGCUAAGCAGAAUCAUCAGAGUCAGGAUGGAGAAGCAGCUGGAACCACAAAAAUAAGUAUCUUGUAAGAUUCCAUACUUAUUUGCUUUGGUGUAAAACUAAGAGAAGUCUCAUGUCAAGAAUUCAAACCUGUUUGUGAAUGGAGGAAGAAAUUCAAUAAAGCAGAUGACCAAAGUGAGAACUGAGUAGAAAUCUUAACAACAGCUACACCGUGCCUAAGUAGCCCUUGAAUUUCCUGCAUAACAAAAAGAUAAUAGACAUGAGAUAUAAUACUAAAACGAACAUCUUAUUAUUCGAGAAAGACGAAAGAUAGCUAACAGUUGUAAAACAUAUGUUUACAAUAUCAAAUCAUUACCUUGAAGAUAGCGUAUAAUUCUCCAUAUUGUUUCUUGUCUGCUGCCAAUAAAAAGUAUACAUGACUACAUAACCUUUCAUAUAAGUUUUCGUUAAUAAGAGCUUGUCCUGCGUCACAUAUCUGGUUACUACCUUCUCCUAGUAUCACCUGAGAGAACACAUCACAUGCAAAUCAAGUAAGUUUAUUGGCUGCUUCAAUCACGCGAUGAUUCUCCUACAUAACUCAGCUAAAGCUCCACUGAUUCUGGGCUGUGGAUCGAUUGAUGAAUUCAAAAUCAGAGACAACCAAAGAACUGGUUAUGAGAGAAAAAGAAGAUCUUACCGAUGACUUCAGGCUUGCCUUCCAUACCUAAGCUCAGAUUUUCAAAGCUACGUUCUCUUUGACAUACUGACUCACGCAACUACACAUCAGCCUUCUCAAUCCUCAAUUUGCUGUUUGCUGCUUAGGCUUCUGAGAUUAUGAACGAAGCAAAGACCCGAUGUAUAUUUAAUCAACGUGAGAUUGUAGAAGAUAGACGAAGAAGAAAGAGUAACUGAUGUUCUGAUGCAAUCAUGACGAGCUGAUUUAAAGGUAAAACGUAACCGUGAGCUGAAAGGUGAUUUAGUUCCAGAGAACUUACGGCUACCAAACUAAUAAGAAGGUAAAAGGCCAGAAGAAUAGAAAACCUAAUUUGUAUGGGGUUAAGAUUAUUCAUAAAGCCCAAACAAAAUGUAGCAAACACACAAACGAAAUUAAAAUACAAUUGUAGAGCCCAUAACGUAAAAA